GUGUGCUUGGAUGAGCAAGGGUUUAAGAUUGAGCUUGCUAGCUCAUUGGCAUGAUACUUUUUUGCGGAAAAAACCACCUCUUUUAACCUGCUGACCAGUUAAGACAGUUUAGGGUUAAGACACACACACACACCCACGACCCUGGCGGAUUUCGCAGUGAUUAGCGAAAGGGGAGAGACCAUGCGGAGGUCACAUGAUGAGUCCCGAGGAUGAGGCGUAAACAGCUGGGAAGAAACCCGAGGAGCGCACUGGUGCCCGAACGCUGCCUCUGACCGGGGGCCAAGGCGCGCUGCUGCUAGGGGACCCCCCCCACACACACACGCACACACACACCCCCACCCCCACACCAGAAAUGAACACCACCACCCAGCCCCCGGCCACCGUCGAUGGAGAUGCAGCGGUCAGCUAUGUCCUGGUGCCCUUCCUCCUUAUCACCACCAUAGGGAUUGUUGCUGCUGUGGUGAUGUACGUGCGUAAGAAGAGAAGGAUCGACCGUCUCCGGCACCAGCUCCUCCCGGUGUACACCUACGACCCCUCCGAGGAGCUGAACGAGGCCGAGCAGGAGAUGCUGUGGAGGGACGAGGACACCAAGGUGGUGCAGGGCUGGGCGAGGGCGUAUCAGCACCGGCGCCCCCUGCUGAUGAAGGACGCUCACGCGUGAGGGUGUGGGAGGGGCUGCUGACCUGUAGAAUGUACAUCAGUGGACGAUGCUCAGAGAAGAGUUGUGUCAAUCAAAUGCCAGGGGCACACCCCUUCUCCGGAAGGCAAGAACUACCACCACCGACCAGUCGAGGGCUACCUGCUCAUUCUGACCCCGAUGAAGGUCUCAUCGUCAUCUCUGCACCCCUCAUGUGUGUUUUCCGGACUCCCAAAGGGUCGCUUUCUGCGGGUCAUCCGAUUGCAGUGUGAACUACUGAACAGAACUCCCUCAGCCCUGAAAACUGCAGCUGUGUAACUGCAGAAGCUGCCCAGCUGCGUCUCCUACAGAAACGAGCCUGCGUCUGCUUCUGCUGUAUUACGGGAAAUAUUCACUGACCAAAGGUAGACUUCAUCACUGAUCACAUGAUGGAUUUAUUUAAAUGUACUGUCACUGUGUUUCUUUCUGUUUAACUUUGCUGCAUGCUACACCCCCUAGGAGCGCUGCCUAUUAAUGAGACAACCUCAUCGCGCCCUCUGUGCGAGCGCGUAUGCCUGAAUCUAAUACUAAGUCUGCCGCUAGCACCUGGUUUUAAUAUUAAUGAGCGUUACCUGGAGAUGCGUAGAACAGCUCUCGUGAGUGAAAGGCAGGCUUUUCCGGCCUGAGUACUAGCAUGCAGGUCUUAUGUGGUAAGGUGUCUGACCGCCAUUUUCUCUCGGGCUGUUUCUCUCACUUUGAGAAUGGGCUGACAGCAAGCAGUUGGCAUGCGGUGUCUUUCCAAUAACAGCUCACGAGCGAAGUGUAACACUGAAUGAAAGUAAUCGAAACAAAGGCUGAGGUUUUUCAGGCGCGCACAAAGGCCGCGAGAUCGACGGGCACGCCCGAAGCACCGAUGCCUUGCGUGUUCUCCAUCCACACUGAAGUCCGCUCGCUGCAGAAACCCGCUGUCGCCAUUCCCGGGGGGGGGACAGUGGGCGCGUGCGAUUGUCCCGUAACCAUGGAAACCCUCUCAAUUAAGUGUAGGUGGCUCGCCUUCGGUGCGGUAGCGCGGGUCCCGUUCCGGCAAGUUGCCACGAUCGGCGCUCGAGCCCCGAGAGGUGGCGGAAGGCUCGGGUGGCGGCAGGCCCCGCCACGGUUUACACCUACCACAAACCGCGCGAAAGGGGGCCCGUGACUACCGGCCCAAAAAAUGCCCUGCCCGUGGGCGGCCCAGACACGCUCAGCAAACUGGCACGAGGAUGGUACAACCCGGGAGCGAUUGUAUCAAUUUAGAGAGAAUACCAUCAAGCUGACUGUACAAACCACUCAGGAAACGUCCUCUGCAGGCUUGCUCUUUGAAAAUAUCGUUCAAUGAAGUGAUUCAUCUCAAUAGCAGCAUGCCCCCUCCCUCCCCCCCUCCCCC